GCGGAGACGGUGGAGAGCGAAGGAUGGGCCCGCGCGGCGCGGCGAGCCUGCCCCGAAGCCCCAGCCCGAGCCCGCUCCUCUCCGCCCUCCUGCCUCCGCUGCUCCUCCUGCUGCUGCUGCUGCCGCCGCCAUCAUGCUCGGCCGGCCGGCCGCCCCACCUCGUCUUCUUGCUGGCCGACGACCUGGGCUGGAACGACGUGGGCUUCCACGGCUCGAGCAUCCGCACGCCGCACCUGGACGCGCUGGCGGCCGGGGGGGUGCGGCUGGACAACUACUACGUACAGCCGCUGUGCACGCCGUCUCGGAGCCAGCUGCUCAGCGGCCGCUACCAGAUCCAUACAGGUUUACAGCACCAAAUAAUCUGGCCCUGCCAACCCAGCUGCGUUCCCCUGGAUGAAAAACUCCUGCCCCAGCUUCUAAAAGAAGCAGGCUAUACUACCCACAUGGUCGGAAAAUGGCACCUGGGAAUGUACCGGAAAGAAUGCCUUCCAACCCGGCGAGGAUUUGAUACCUACUUUGGAUAUCUCCUAGGGAGUGAAGAUUACUAUUCCCAUGAGCGUUGCACAUUAAUCGAUGCCCUGAAUGUCACACGAUGUGCUCUUGAUUUUAGAGAUGGUGAAGAAGUGGCAACUGGAUAUAAAAAUAUGUAUUCAACCAAUGUAUUUACCGAAAGGGCUACAGCCCUCAUAGCUAACCACCCACCAGAGAAGCCUCUGUUCCUCUACCUUGCUCUCCAGUCUGUCCAUGAGCCACUUCAGGUCCCUGAAGAAUAUUUGAAGCCCUAUGACUUUAUCGAAGAUAAGAACAGGCGUCACUAUGCUGGAAUGGUGUCACUUAUGGAUGAAGCAGUGGGAAAUGUCACCGCAGCCUUAAAAAAACGUGGGCUCUGGGACAACACAGUAUUCAUCUUCUCCACAGAUAAUGGAGGACAGACAUUGGCUGGGGGCAAUAACUGGCCCCUCCGAGGAAGAAAAUGGACCCUGUGGGAAGGUGGCGUUCGAGGGGUGGGCUUUGUGGCAAGCCCCUUGCUGAAACAGAAGGGUGUGAAGAACCGGGAGCUGAUCCACAUUUCUGAUUGGCUGCCGACUCUGGUGAAGCUGGCUGGGGGACACACAAAUGGCACCAAGCCCCUGGAUGGCUUCGACGUUUGGAAAACUGUCAGUGAAGGAAGCCCAUCCCCCAGAGUGGAGCUGCUGCAUAACAUCGACCCGAACUUUGUAGAUAUAUCACCAUGAGCAGAUCUCAAGGUCUUUUCUCCCGAGGAGUUGCUGAUGUGAACUGCUGACCUUUUGGUUAGCAGCGAAGCACUUAACCAUUGUGCCACCAGGGACCCUUUUUAGGUUAGUAGAUGAGUACAAACCAUUUAUACCACCCAGGGUCCCCUUGCCAACAUUAUAAUGAUUAUAAAAUAUUCUCACCCACUAAGUUCUACCUAAAAAUUAAAAGCCUUAGCCCCUCCCUUCCCUCACUAAGCUGUAUUUGAACAUCAGAAUGGGAGCUUGCUUAAGAACUGUAUUCCUGUCCUGUAUUCCUGUAUUCCUGGCCACAACACUGCUUACUGCAGGGUUUUUGGUACAACCUGCUGUGAUUCUUGCUAUCUUCCCUAAAGUGCCAUUAGCAAAAUAACAGCACAGCAAAAUGUUUCUCCAGUGUAAAAGUUAGCAGAGGAAUGUAAAUCAGGAGAGAGAGUUGUCUUAGGCUUGCUACCCAUGAGUUGUAAGGACUUCAGCCAGUCUCUUCGCUUUGGGGAUUGCACUAGGACUUACUAAGAUGCGCAUUCAGGGAUGCUCUCUGAUCUUCUGGUUCACCUCCCUACCUACCUUUGAAGCACAUUCUAGGUCUUCAUGUUGGCCUCCCCUUGCUCAGGCCAGGGCUUUCUGCCAUGGUGCCUGGGGCUGCCCCACCAGAGGAACAUGUCAGGCCCUUACACUGACCUAUAACCACGUUCACUGUUGGUCCAUAUCAAUGGGUAUUCUCUAUUGUCUCUGACUACAGGUAGCAAAGUGCUACCCUCCUCAUCAUAUGUGGGGAAACACCAUGGGCCUUUUCUCCCCAGUUUUUUUAUUUACCUCAAUCCACUGUGAGGCAAAGGUAGAAACAAGGAGAGCUUUUUAUGGGGCUUGUUCCUUUUUAGAAUAUGAUCCAAGUCCAUUUCCUUUUCUAUGCAACUAAUUUGUGGGGAAAAUUUUAAAAAGAAAAUAUGUAUUUAUGGGAGAGCCAAGCCUAGAAAUAAUAUUCAUCGAGUAUGUUCUGUUAGAGUAUGAUCUGUGAAUAUGUUCUGGAAGCUUUUGUGGAAUCAGGAAGCAGCCAGUGUAAAGUGUAAUGUAACGAUUAAGGAUUUGGUCAGUGUUAUCAGAGAAACAUUUCUUUGGUUUCUAAUUCAGCUUAUCCCAGAUUGUACUUAUCUACAGGAGAAGAGGGGAGAGCUCUAUUUCUGCCUUUGCCAAAGCCACUUCAUGGUUUCCUCAUCUGUGAGGUGAAGAUACUGAAUUAUCUCUAAGGUCUCUGGCUUCACCAUUCUACAGGUCUCUAUAUAAAUAGGACCUCAAAAGGACAAAGCUGUUCACUCGGUUUCUCUACUUUUUUACCCUGCCAGGAAGGGUGCACUUGUUAAUGAGCAGUGAUGUAGCCAACAGCAUGUGGCAAAUAGAUGAAUACAGGUGAAAAUGUUAGAAACAUUAUAAACACCAGAGUAAUUCAAAUUAUUAUAUGAUAUUGUUAAUACUACUCCUCGUCCACCUGUCUGAUUUCUGUUCUAAAGCAUCCUGGCAUUAAUCUACUUUUCCGUCUGCUCUCUCUCCUUCAGUGGGUGUUCUUGGGGGUUGUGGACCAGUAUCUCCCUAAUCUUGAAUCAUAUGAGUAGGUAUGGGACGUUUCCCAGGGAAGUCCUAUCGAUCCUAAGUAAGCCCUAAGUAGCACCAGGUUCCCUUAGAAGCUGGCCCUUGCAGCACUAUUCACAAUAGCAAAAAGAUGGCAACAGCCUAAAUGCCCAUCAACAGAUGAAGGGAUGAACAAAUUAUGGUACAUACACAAAAUGGAAUACUAUGCAACGAUAAAGAACAAUGAUGAAUCUGUGAAACAUCUCCCAACGUGGAUGAAUCUGGAGGGCAUUAUGCUGAGUGAAAUAAGUUGUUCACAAAAGGACAAAUAUGCAUGAGGCCACUAUUAUAAGGACUCAAGAAAGGUUUACACAUAGAAAAAUGCAUUCUUUAAUGGUUACAAGAGUAGUGAGGGAGAAGGAGGGGAAAUCAUUAACUAGACAGUAGACAAGUGUCAGCUUUGGUGAAGGGAAGGACAGCACACGAUACAGGGAAAGUCAGUACACCUGGACCAAAGAAAAAGCAAAGAAGUUUCCUAAACACAUCCAACUUUGAGGGACUGAGUAGCAGGGGCUGAAGCUUGGGGACUGUAGCCUUGGGGGACAUGUUGGUUAACUGGCAUAAAAAAGCUUAUAAAGAAAAUGUUCUACAUCCCACUUUGGUGAGUAGUGUGGGGUCAUAAAAGCCUGCAAUCUAAAAUUUAUCUAUUGGGCGCAUUCCACCUGGAGCAAAGGAGAAUGAAAAAAAAACAAAGACACAAGGAAAAUACUAGCCCAAAGGACUAAAGGACCUCAUGAAUCAGAGACUCCACCAGCCUGAAACCAGAAAAACUAGAUGGUGCCCAGCUACUACCAGCGACUACUCUGACAGGGAUCACAAGAAAAGAGUCCUAGACAGAGCAGGAGAAAAAUAUAGAACGGAAUUCAAAUCUACGUAAAAAGACCAGACUUACUGGUCCGAAAGAGACUUGAGGAACCCCCAAAACUAUGGCCCCCAGAUGCUCUUCUAACCCUGAACUGAAACCAUUCCUGAAGCCCACUUUUGAGCCAAAGAUUAGAAAGGCCUAUAAAACAAAAAAUAACACAUGUGAGGAACAUGCUUCUUAACAUCAUUCGAAAUAUACGAGACCAAAUGGACAGCUCCUGGCCAAGAGGAGGACAAGAAGUCAGGAAGGGACAGGAACUAGAUGAAUGGACACAGGGAACCUAGGAUGGAAAGGGGGAGCAUGCAGUCACACUGUGGGGAUUGCAUCCAAUGUCACAAAACAAUAUGUGUAUAAAUUUCUGGAUGAGAAGUUAACUUGAGCUGUAAACUUACACCUAAAGCUCAAUUUAAAACAAACAAAGACACGAGGAAAAUAUUAGUCCAAAGAACUAAUGGACCACAUGAACUACAUCCUCCACCAGCCUGAGCCCAGAAGAACUAGAUGGUACCCAGCUACCACCACUGACCUCUCUGACAGAAGUCACAAUAGAGGGUCGCAGACAGAGCGGGAGAAAAAUGUAGAACAAGAUUCAAAUCCACAAAAAAGACCAGAAUUACUGGUCUGAGAGAGACUGGAGGAACCCCUGAGACUAUGACCCCUAGACGUCCUGUUAACUCAGAACUGAAGCUAUUCCUGAAGUCCACCUUUCAGCCAAAGAUUAGACAGGCCUAUAAAACAAACAAUGAUACAUGUGAGGAAUGUGCCUCUUAGAUCAAUCAACACCUGCCCAAAAGCAAAGACAAGAAGGCAGAAAGGGACAGGAAAACUGCAUGAAUAGAUGCAGGGAAGCCAGAGUGAAAGGAGGAGAGUACUGACACAUUGUGGGAUUGCAACCAAUGUCAAAAAACAAUUUGUGUAUAAAUCUUUGAAUGAGAAAUGAAUUUGCUCUGUAUACUUUUACCUAAAGCACAAUAAAAAAUAAAUAAUGGGAAUUAAAAAGUAAAACAAAGAAGCUGGGCCCUUGAUAGCAGCUAUUACCCCUUCACUCCCUUACUCUAAGGGUAUAGGGUAUGGGGUUAUUUAUACAGUAACAUUUUUUUUUUACCCUUGGUAGGCUGUAGCUUUAAUAUUAGCAGUAAAAAUACUCUCAAAAGACUGGCAUAAAUGUCUAGCUCACAUAAAACAGAGGACAUAGGAUUUCCUAUAGACCAAGGGAAAUCCACAGUAAAGCAUAAAGAGGUCUCAACAAAGCAUAGAAACUCCAUGAAGGCAGGGUGUGUAUAUUUUUAUUUGUUGCUCUAUUCCCAGUGCAUAGCACAGGGCCAGCCACCGUCAUAGUAAGUUCUCAGUGAAUAUUUGCUGAAUGCAUAAAUGAUGAACAGAUCAACAGGUUGAAAAGUCAUUGUUUUAUUGCCUCUUACCCUUUCCUGAGCCCAGAAGGACCUCCAGAUACCAGUUCACACUCUACUCUUAAAUCCUGAACCUACAUCCUACAUUUUAUAAUACAUAAAAGUAAUAGUCACAAGCCACUUCUUAAUUUUUAAUUGGUGUUAUCAUAUACAGAUGUUUGAAACCAUUUAUCCAGCUUAUAAAUGCUCACUCUCACUAUUCCACAGCGUUGAAACUAUCAGCCAGAAGAGGUAAUGUGGACUUUCCCUAUCCAUCUUCAUUCCUUUCCCCUAGACCUCCCUGGGAGGCAAAUAUAUAUUUAUAAAGCCCCUGCCUCUGGUCUCGACUCAGCCUGACUUCCCUUCUGGGUCUGGAGCACCACCUCUUCUUACCGCUCUCUUUGUGGUGUUAGGUACCAGCGGGAAGCUCCCCUUCACAUUGUUUCAUCCAUCACUGGUUGUCUCAGUGCUACACUUCUGUCUCCCCACAGCCCUCAUCACAAUGUCAUCAGAUGUGUGGGCUGUUGUUAAUUUUCUGUGUGGUUUGAGGAAACUUUUUACCCAUCUUUGGAUGCUUUGUUCUGAGGAAAUCUUGGAAGUUUUUUGGUCUCCGUUCAGAUAAUACCUUUUUCUCUUCUCUUUUUCCCCUCCAAGAAUAGAUCAUAAGGAUUAUUUACUCACCCAUGUCUUUAAAAUAUUUCUUCCCGGAAAUAUUUUGAAGUCUUUUCCUGAAAAGACUCUACAUCUUUCUCUAGGGGUACAGACAGGCAGUAAGGAAAACUGAGAGAACUUGAGGGGGCGGGAUGAGUACCAUUCAGGCUGAUUUAUGGGAAAGCCUGGAACAUUCAAAGUGGUGGGUAAUGGCCAUUGUCCCAAGUUAGGCCCAGACCAGAGAUUCUUCAUCUUCAUGUGGUUCAGAGGGGAGCUUUGCUCCAAACUCUGUGAUUCCCCUAGCUUCUAAGCAGAAUGUCUCAGAUCACAAGGAGAAAUAAUUUCUAAAGCAUUAUUUUGCUUUAGAGAAAAUAUAUACACCAUCCUGUGGACCCCAAGAUUGAUCUUGGCUGUUCUGAGGUAAUGAUCCUACCCCGUCUGAGAAUACAACUCACCUUGUAAAGCCAAAUGUAGCAUUCUGUGAAUCGUUAGAGUUCUCGCAUACAUCCAACUGUGUAAUAUUGACAUAUGUACUUAACACAUAGGCACACAUACAAAACGCUAGGAUUCUCCUAGUAGAAGGUUGAUUAUAGAUGAAGGGCACUGACAGAUGUUAGCAUUUUCCACACCACCAAAGGCCUUGUCUUCAAAGUGAUUCUGUACAGCUUUGUUACUAUUUCAUUUAAAGGGCUUCAUCUCUUUAAAGGUCAUAAUGAGAUGUUAUUUCUGCUCGUGAUUAUAGGGUGGAAGAACAGUCUUCCCUUCCUCUCCACUCUCACAUGCAUUUGCUGUGGUAAAACUGCCAAAUCUCUACUUGAGAUCCAAGAGUCAUCCAGGUUGGAAUGCUUGGAGCUGCUCUCUGUUUCCUCUUUAGAGCAACACUCAAGCACAUUUCCUGAUAUUAUGUUACUAUUUCCAAGAUUAUUUAUUUAUUAAAUACUUACUGCUCAGGAUGUACUGUUCUAGGUACUGUUGAUCAGUUAGGCUUUAAGUUUUGUUAGAAACUGGUCUGGAAGAGAGCAUCGACAUAGCCUCCCACUUCCCUGCUUGAGGGCCAUUGGUGGUUCCCAACUUCCCGAAGAGCCAAGUACAGACUCCUCAGCCCACCUCCUACCAUCAUUCAGCUAAAACGACCUUUCAGCACUGUCUGUUGCAUGCCUUCCUUCAGUCACCCUCAUCUUCCUCGGCUUCUCUGCUCCCCCUUUACAGCCAGGUUCACAUCUCUAUGCCUCCAUGAAGCCAUCUCUGAUUGCCCCAGACUUGAAUCCCUUGAAUUUCUCUGAAGCUUCCUAGGACACUGAGCUCUUGCCACUUUGCAUUACGGUUAUGUAGAUUUGUGUGUUUUUCCCUUCUAGAACCAUAAGCUCCAAGGAGGGCAAGAUUUCAUCUGUAUAACUCUCUCAAUGCCUUAUGUGUAAGAGAUUAUUACAUAUUGAAUGAAUUUAUGCUAAUAAAUUAAUAAUUUGUUUAUCACCAACUCAUUUGAUUAGAGUAAAUCUAGCAAGAGCAAAAACAAUAUACAUGGUUUUCAAGUGCUUUCAUUUAUUUCUGUGGAUAGUUAUAGAAGUACCAACACAGAAGCAGCUUCCUGUCUUUCAUUCUGAAGUUAGAUAUUAAGCAGAAUAAAAGGAGUUAGGCAGGAUGCAGUGGCAAAUCAGCUACAAAUUGCCCAUCACUACAUACAACGCCAGACGCUAGAAGGCACCUUGACAAUCAGCUCAUCCACCCUCUUCAAAAUCGAGAUGAAGAAAUUGGGUACUGGGUCACAUACAGCUAAUAAAUAACAGAACUGGAACUCUGGGCUGUCCAGGUUCAGGGCUUGCACAUGAGUCACAUCCUAUUGAUUUCAGGGGUCUCUUUGCUUUCCGUCCUACACUUGUUUCAUGGGAAAAGUACACUCAGAUCUUAGUUACAAUUAUCUUGCUUAAAUAAUAUGUUUAUGGAACAUUAUACAUCUAAAUGAGGCUGGUUUCAUGCGUACUCUAGCUCUAGAAUGAUAAAUGCUUCUGUUUGUAAAGCUAGUUAUGAAAGCCCUGUCAGUGCCUAAUAAUAAUUAUAUUAGAGGGUGGUGGAAGGAAGAGGGAGCAGAGUAUGGGGUUGGGUCAGUGUAGCCUAAUGGGACAUGUAGUUAUGGAAAGGCAGAAAGACCUGGGCUCGAAUACCAGCUCUGACUUAUUUCUUGUAAGACUGUGGACAAGCUCUCUGAGCUGUUUGUUUCAUUACCUGUAAAUUGGAGACAGUUAUACCAAUCUCCUGUAAACAUGUCCAAACAACAGUUAACAAUAACUGUAUUCUGGCUGUUGGGAUUAUAGGGAUAGGGGAAAGCUACGGUUUUAAUUUUUAGUAAUGAACACUUUAUUUCCAUCCUCAGGAAUAAAAGUCAUAAAGAUCUAUUGGAAAAAAAAAAAAAAAAAACCUGGGCUAUUAUGAGACUUCAGUGUUUGUGAAGCUGCUGGGUUCUUAGUGAGUGAGUUUUGUGGCUAUAGGAGUUGUUGCUUCUUAUGCCUGCUUGUAUAGGGUCAGAGAACCUGCCCAUAUAGGAUCAGAGAAACUGGUAUAUGACAGCAUCAGCCCUCAUAUCCUUGGUUGCAGAUUCUUUCUCUUCACUGAACAGGAGCUCGUUUUACAACUUAUCACCAAAUUAGCAGAAUUUUGUGUCAUCUCUAGCUGCCUAUAUUUGUCUACAGUGGCUCGUCAAAUUUUCCUUUGUGUGGGUUGCUACAUGCUCUCAAUAACAGAGCCAAAACCCAGAUCAUGUUCCUCUUUUUUAAUUUUCAAAGGCGUUUAUUCUGCUUCCUCCACUUUGGGAGUACUAAAGCUCGUUUGGAAAUGUGGCCUUUUUGAUGCCAAAGGCAGUCCCACAAGCCUCAUAUCCCAUCUACCCCACUUCACACAGCACAUUUCAAGUAAUAGACAUCAAACCUUUACUAUUAACACUUGGUUCUGGCAUAUUGGCUUUCAUCCUGAGAAAAUAAAUAAACCAAACCAAAUCCACAGCACUUUAAAAACACUAAUUAAUCCUCGCCACAGACAUAGGCUACACAGAGAUGACAGAUCCCACUGCCCCAAUUUUAUGUUUGGAGAAAUCAGGGCAAGCAACUUUUUUUAAGGCUUCCCAGGGCCAGAUAAGGAACCUGACUUGAAAGGCCAGGGCUUGGUCUGGCCCAGCCGCUGGGUAUAAGAGCAUUUGACAAAAGGCCAGCUGCCUCUCUGAAUUCCUUUCCGUACAACACCAUGUGGUUACUUGCCCAUAACCCCAUUUACACAUCACAGCUUUUAUUUUUUCCCAGAGUUAUGAUGAUGUCAAACCUUCUUAUUUCCAACUGACCACUUAUUUACUUGCUUACUUUUCUUUAGUUCUGGUAGAGCUUAGAAAUUUUAGCCUAGGUUUCAAAGAGUAGCCUGUCAAUUCUAGUUGAUUAAAAAGGUCUAUGCUGAUUUUAAUAUCCAACACAAAACAGACCACCCUCCAAAUAGUCCCUUUCAGAUCUAGCAGCUCUGUCCACCCUACCCACCACCAAAAACCCACUGCUGUUGAGUCAAUUCUGAGCCCAAUUUGUACCCAGGACUGUUAAAGAUUUUGGGGUAUCUAGACCACUUCCUUUAUUUCCAGAGAAUUCUGAAAAAACCUCACAAAAUUGUAUGAGAUAUAUCUAAUGAAAUUAAAAUGUAAUAAGUUGGCUAGUGAUAAUGGUUGCCAAUAUGGCAAAGGUAAUUCAUGUCACUGAAUUGAACAUUUAGAAAUUAUUAAAAUGACAAAUGUUUUGUUUUAUAUAUUUUACCACAAUAAAUUGUUUUUACUGUGAAGAGUCUACUUUCUAAGUAUUUACUAAUCUGGUUAGAUUUUAUUUUUAGGGGCUUUAGGUUGCUUGUGUAUAAGUCUGAAAUAAAACUUCUUUUUUAAAAAUUUCUGAAACAUGAAUGAGCUCUACAAAGCUGAAUAAAUGAUCUGCCUUAACUAACCCAUAAAGUAAGAUGUUAGUAAUCAGGCAUUUAUAGACCGAAGUCUGUUAUCUCCGGGAGUAAAUGCCUAGGGAAUGAGUACAUGGCUCCUGCUUCUGAAAAGUCUUUUGAAUCAGAGUUAAAAAAAAUAAUUAUAUAUAUAUUUGCAUAGGAAAUGAUAUCAACACAGUUAUAAAAUAGAGACAAAUGAUAAGUGAUAUAACAUAAGUACAUAAACACUAAAGAGAAAUGAAUAAAUAGCAUUUAGGCAUGAUUAGGAAAGACUUUGAAAAGGAUUUUUAUAAUUUGUUGUUUUAUUUGAUUUCAUCAGCUUUGGUCUUAUCUUUCAUGAUUUCAGUGUGAAUGAAGGCAAAUAAUAUUUAACAUUGCAUUAAUUUUUCUAUUUUUAUGAGAUCAAAUUACUAUAAACUUAGUGGCUCAAAACAACAAAUUUAUUUUCUUACAAUUCUGUAGGUCAGAGCUCUGUCCCAAGUCUCGCUGGGCUAAAAUCAAGGUAUUGGCCGGGCUGUGUUCCUUUCUGGAGGCUCUGGGGGGAAACCUUUUCCAGGUUCUAGGGGCUGCCUGCAUUCCUUGGCUCAUGGCCCCCCUCCUUCAAUUUCAAAGCCAGCAUUGGAGGAUUGAGUCUUUCUCGUAUCACUCUGACCUUGCUUCCAUCAUCAUGUCUCCUCUCUGCUACCCUCUUCCACUUUUUUUUUUAAUCGUGAAAGUUAAAAGAGCAAAUUAGUUUCUCAUUAAAAAAUUAAUACACAAAUUGUCUUGUGACAUUGGUUGCCAACCCUGCAAGGUGUCAACACUCUCUGCGUCUUGACCUUGGGUUUCCUAUUUCCAUUCAUCCAGUUUUCCUUCCUGCCUUCUCAUCUUUGCUUUUAUGCCCAUUUAGUCUCGUGUAUAUGGUUGAACUAUGCAUGUUAUUGUUUGUUUGAUAGGCUUUUCUAAUCUUUGGCUGAAAGGUGAACUUUGGGAGCGGCUUCAGUACUGAGCUAAAAGGAUACCCAGGGGCCAUAAUCUCAGAGUUUCUUCAGUCUCUGUCAGACCAGUAAGUCUGGUCUUCUUUUUGUGAGAUAGAAUUUUGUUCUACAUUUUCUCCAGCUCUGUCUGAGACCCUCAGUUAUGAUCCCUAGCAGAGCAGUUGGUGGUGGCAGCUGGGCACCAUCUAGUUCUUCAGGGCUCAGUCUGGUGGAGGCUGUGCUAGCUGUGGUCCAUUAGCCCUUUGGAAUAAUCUUUCCCUUGUAUCUUUGGUUUUCUUCAUUUUCCCUUGCACCAGAUGGGGUGGGACCAGUGGAGUAUCUUAGAUGGCUGCUCAUAAGCUUUUAAGACCCCAGGUGCUAGUCACCAAAGUAAGAUGUAGAACAUUUUCUUUAUAAAGUAUGUUAUGCCAGUUGAGCUAAAUGUUCCCCUAGACCAUGGUCCCCAGCCCUCAGCCCAGUAACUCUGUCCCUCAGGGAGUUUGGAUCUGUCUAUGAAGCUUCUAUGACUUUGCCUUGGUCAAGUUGUGAUGACUUCCCCAGUAUUGUGUACUGUCUUACCCUUCACCAAUGUUAUCACUUACGUAUUGUCUAGUUAGUGUUUUUCCCUCUCCACUCCUUCCCUCCCUCAUAACCAUCAAAGAGUUUCUUUCUCCCUCUUCAACUUUUAAAGACUCUUGUGAUUACAUUGGGCCUGCCUGAUAAUCCAUGAUAAUCCCCUUGUUUUAAAGUCACCGGAUUAGCAAUCUUAAUUCCAUCUACAACCUUAAUUUCCUUCUGCCAUGUAAUUUAACAUAUUCACAGGUCCUAGGGAUUAAGAUGUGGACAUCUUUGGAGGGGCAUUAUUCUGCCUACCACAAACACUCUGUUGUGCUAGGCUUAAUGGGAAAUACAAAGAAUAGUUUAUAACCUAGUUGAAGAGAAAAACAAAAAUAUGCAAAAAAUUCAAAGAAAAAAUAACAGUUCAAGGCAACAGUGGUAGAGAUGUUACAAGUUGUUCUCGAUUAAUUGCCAAGUCUUUUCCAUGGACUCUGACAGUUGCUGUGAGAGUGAAGGAAGGCUAAGUCACAAAGGUAAUGGAGGGAAGGGAAACUUUCUCUGAAACUUGAAGCAAGAGUUACUGAGGUGGAAAAAACAUAGAGUGUAAGAAAAAGUGUGUGUAUGUGAACCUGUUCAAAGGACAAAGGAAAGGCAUAGAAGAGAAGAUGGGAAAGAUAAGUAAGGUUAGUAUGUCAGACUAAGGAGAUUAGACUUCAUCCUCUAUGCAUUGGGAAGCUACCUGCUUGUUUUUGUUUUGUCUUAUUCAAGUAGAAAUUUUGAAAAAUACAGAAAGCUUAGAGCUAAAGGUAGAAAUAACCCUAAUCCCACUAUCCUGCCACCCCAAAAUAAGCAGCGUUAAUAUUUUGGUGUUUUUUGUUGUUGUUGUUUCUCUC